CUGCAGAGUAAUAUCUAUACAGCAAAUGGCAGAAAACCAAAGAAUUCAUCCGGUAGCCGUGGAUGUGGAAGCCCCGCCAACAACUCCUCUGGUGCGUCCCGGCGCAUCGGUAUCUGAGAAGGGUAGUCGGCGACCGCCUCCAGUGCGGCGCCCCAUUCCGGCGAUAAUCCAUGCCAAGCCACCGAAGCGUGCAAGUUGUUGUUGUUGCAAAUGCGUGUGCUGGACUAUCAGCCUCCUUCUUCUCCUUAUAAUUAUAGCUGGAGCCGCCGCCGGCGUUCUCUACCUCGUCUUCCGACCGAAGCUUCCGUCAUACUCUGUUGAUAGCUUGAAGAUAAGCAGCCUAGGCCUCAAUCCUGACAUGUCUUUGUAUGCGGAGUUCGACGUGAAGAUCACCGCCGACAACCCGAAUGAGAAGAUCGGAAUUUACUACGAGAAAGGCGGCCGGUUGAGCGUGUGGUAUGCGGACGCUAAGCUCUGUGAUGGGUCGCUCCCGGAGUUCUACCAAGGUCACCGGAAUAAGACGCAGCUGCACCUUGCCUUGACCGGGCAAACGCAGUACGGCAGCGGUUUGAUGACGGCGCUGCAGGAGCAACAGCAAACCGGGCGCAUUCCGCUGGAUCUUAAGGUUGAUGCGCCGGUGGCAAUCAAACUUGGGAGGUUGAAGCUGAAGAAGGUGAGGAUCUUGGGACAGUGCAUGUUGGUCGUCGAUAACCUUUCUGCUAAUAAUUCCAUCAGCAUUAAAGCUAGUAAUUGUAGCUUCAGAUUGAAGCUUUGAGUUCAUCUAGUUUCUCUUUAGAUAUCUCUUUAGAUA